AUGUCAGAUUUCUACCACCGUAACAAGCACACGGCCAAAAGCGUCCCGAAUGUUCUCGGCAUCACAGCGACUCCUAGCAUGACAGAGGAUAUUGAGAACAUGAAGAUUCUUGAGGCAGUACUAGACGCUAAAUGUAUUUCGCCUACCAGGCAUCGAGAAGAACUGUUGAGGUGCGUCAAGCGACCGCAGAUAUAUAGUAUCGUUCAUGACGCAUCUCCCUUGUUGCAGUACACAGAGUCAAUGCACCGUUUGCAAAAGGAGUUCCUGAGUCUCGAUAUAGCCAAGGACCCCUAUAUACUAAGGCUUCAGGAAGACCCUUCGGACCGAAGUCGUCGAGCGCUAGUACGAGCUGUCGAAAAGUACGACACUUUUGCGCAGAAUCAGAUCAAGGGCUUGUGGGGUCGCAGCGUCGAGAUAUUAGAGCAACUUGGAGCCUGGGCCGCGGAUGUGUACAUCUGGAAGUCUGUUGAUGCCUUCCUGGCCCUCAUCAACACUGACAAUAUCUUCAAUGAUUGGUUGGAUGCUGAGAAAAAGUACUUGGCCGAUUUUCUGCGUCGAGUUUCCCCUUCGUGCCCACCUCCAAUGCCACUUUGUGGCAGUGAAGUCUCCGGGAAGGCCAGUACCCUUGUCAAAGAACUUGCGUCGGCAGACGAGUCAACAGUCUGUCUUAUUUUCGUCAAGGAGAGAGCAACUGCGAGUGCUCUCCGGGAACUCCUGGUAGCGUGUCCGCGGAUUGUGCAGAAGCAUCGCAUUGCAUCAAUGGUUGGGACAUCCAACCAUCAAAGUAGGAGAAAUGUCUUGAACGAAAUUAUGGGCAAUACCUCAGACCCAAUGGCAGCCUUACAAAGCUUCCGGUCAGGAAAGAUCAAUGUUCUCAUUGCUACGUCCGUCUUGGAGGAAGGGAUUGACGUUCCAGCUUGCAACAUGGUCAUUUGCUUUGAUGACCCUCAAACUCCAAAGUCAUUUGUACAACGACGGGGAAGGGCUAGAAUGAAAGAGUCCAAACUCAUAUUACUUACUCAGUCUUCUCCAUCGGCUGUUGGUAAAUGGGAAGCACUAGAAGAAAACAUGAAAGCUGUCUAUCAAGACACCCAGCGCGAGAUCCGCACGAUACAAUGCAUCGAGGACUCUGAAGAGCCGUCGCCAACUUUUCUGGAAGUCGAGUCCACUGGAGCCAGGCUUGACUUCGAUAAUGCAAAAUCACAUCUAGAACAUUUUUGCAGAGUGUUGUCCCACGGAGAGUUUGUCGACAGUCGACCGGACUAUAUUAUUCAUCGCCAUGAAGACUGGGACUCAAGUUCAAAGGUAAAAUUGAGUGCCACUAUACUUCUUCCAUCGUUUGUUCCCACCGAAAUUCGCCACAUUGACGGCAAAUUUUGCUGGCUUUCGGAAAAGAAUGCCACCAAAGAUGCCGCCUUUCAGGCCUACCGGGCUUUGUACGAGGCUGGUUUGGUGAAUGAGCACCUACUACCCUUCAGAUAUGAAGACAUAACGCUACCUGGUGUAGAGAACAGAGCACCAGAAGUGCAAGUGGAACCGUUGCUCAACCCCUGGUUUCGAGUGGCGAGAGCCUGGAAAGAGGAAGACCAGCCAUGGCUUUACUCUCUCAGAUGCUGUGACGAGACGCACGGCGAAUCCGAGUACAAUGUGCUUCUUCCUGUUCAAAUUGAACAGAUCCGAAACAUUCAGCUGUACCUCAACAGUAGUGAUCUCUGCGAGCUACAUUUCGACUCCCAUCACCCCGUCUCUGCCGCUGAUGUAGCUGCGAUGCCAGAUCACACCUCGGCAUUGUUGGCACUUCCCUUUGCACAUCGAUGGCCAAUUGAGGAAAAGCAUCACGUUGUCAGAAUUUGGGCCAAAGACAGCAAUGUAUCAAUGGGUGGAAUUGGCGUUAAGAGCCUUGACCCAACCAGCAGUGACGAUGUGGAAGGAAAUUACUUGAUUCGAGACGAGUCAAACAUCCCGUUUCACUAUCUAGGCCUCCUCCCAUCUAAGCCGCCGGUUGAAAGUAUCCAGGGCUCAAUGUUUGACUACGAAAAUGCUCCAGCCGACGUGCCAUACUUGGUGGUUAAGAAGUGGACUAAGCGAUCCGACUUCCUGCAUCCCGUUCUUUCUGACACUGAACCCGCAACGACGAAGCUAUACCCUCAAGUUAUUCCUUUAUGCCUGGCAAGGGUGGAUAGUAUUCCUCUCAAAUUCGCACAGUUUGGCAUGCUUAUCCCGUCUCUUAUACACGAAUUGGAGGUCACAUUGAUUGCGAAGGAACUAUCGACCACAUUACUAAAAAGAAUCAACAUCACGGAACUCGGGCUUGUUCGAGAGGCAAUCAGCUCCCGUAGCGCAGUAGAGCCCGUCAACUAUGAACGGCUUGAAUUUCUUGGAGACUCUAUUCUUAAAUACUGCGCUGCUAUACAAGUCUCCGCUAUUCAUCCGGAAUGGCCCGAAGGAUAUCUGUCAUUCUUCAAAGACCGACUUGUAAGCAACUCUCGACUCUCCAGAGCAGCCACAGAACUGGGGCUCGCCAAAUUCAUUCUUACAAAGUCCUUUACUGGCUUUAAGUGGCGACCAUUGUACCUGGAUAACUAUUUGGAGAAUCCGGACGGAGCAACGCCUCGAAAAUUGUCGACCAAGACCCUGGCUGAUGUAGUAGAGGCACUUAUUGGAGCUUCGUACGUAAACGGGGGCAUCACGAAAGCGCAGAGUUGCAUAUCGUUGUUCGUCAAUGAAGUCCAAUGGCAAGAUGCCGACGAAAGCCGGGCGCUGCUUUUUGGGAUGGCAAAAGAUGAUGACGUAUUGCCGGCAGAGCUGAUACCCCUGGAACAAUUGGCCGGGUAUGAGUUCAAGAAAAAAUCGUUGCUGAUUGAAGCCAUGACACACCCGUCAUGCAUGUUCGACUACAACCGGCGAUCUUACGAACAUUUGGAGUUCAUCGGCGACGCCAUACUGGAUUUUAUCAUCGUGAGAAAGGCGUACACCGCUGAGCCGCCCCUAGCUCAUCAUCAGAUGCAUUUGUUAAAAACAGCAAUGGUAAAUGGUGACUUCUUGGCGUUUUUGUCUUUUGAAUGCCAGGUGCAGCGGACAGAAACGGGCGUGACAAGCGACUUGCAGAUUAUUGAUAAGGAGGCGAGACCUUUAUACCUGUGGACAUUUAUGCGGCAUUCUUCAGAGGCGAUUGGGAUUGAGCAAGUCGCAACAUUGAAAAGAUAUGAAGCACUUCGUGGCGGGAUUCUGAUGGCGCUCCGAGAGGGAUCACAGUACCCAUGGACUCUUUUUGCCCGACUCCAAGCCAAGAAAUUCUGCUCUGAUAUUUUCGAGUCCUUGAUUGGCGCAGUGUGGGUUGACUCUGGUUCAAUCGAGACUUGUGAGCGCGUGCUCGAGAAAUUCGAGGUUUUUUCAAUUCUAGACCGCCUGAUCAAAGACGGAGUUGAGCUCCGACAUCCCAAGGAAGUUUUGGGCAAGAUGGCGGUCACUCAGACGGUCACAUAUGAUGUUGAUGUGCAGAAGGCGCCGGAUGGCGAAAAGGCAUUUACAUGUCGUGUCCUGGUGGGUCAAAGAGUCGUUGCCGAGAUUGUUGAUGGUGUGACACAGGAGGAAGUCAAGACGAAGGCUGCCGAGGCGGCUAUACGAAUUAUGAGCGCGGAAAGAGACGAAGCGGCGGAAUCCAAUCAUUGA